AGUGUACAAAAAGAUUAGUCCACCACAGAGACUUGUUUGGAAACUGGACCAAGCUUGCGGUUGAAGUACUCAUGAACUAACAUGACCUAGCCAGGGCAGAGAGAGAGACCUUACUGCUCACAGGAAUUGGCAUCAGGGACUGAAAGGCUUCAGAAGCAUGUGUAGAUUGUGUUCUGUACAAGCAUAUUUCUUUUAGGAAUGUCAGGCCAGAUUGUCCCAUCAGAGUAUCUCCGGAGACUGAACACCUGACUGGUUCUCUCUUCCUUUCCAGCAUCUUAUCAGAUAUCCAUGAAGUACAUCAGAACAUGGGCUACUGCCCUCAGUUCGAUGCCAUCACAGAGCUGCUGACCGGGAGAGAGCACGUGGAGUUCUUUGCCCUCUUGAGGGGAGUCCCAGAAAAAGAAGUUGGCAAGGUUGGUGAAUGGGCAAUUCGCAAACUGGGCCUUGUAAAGUAUGGAGAAAAAUAUGCCAGUAACUACAGUGGAGGUAACAAACGAAAGCUCUCCACAGCCAUGGCUUUGAUCGGUGGGCCUCCUGUGGUGUUUCUGGAUGAACCAACCACAGGCAUGGAUCCCAAAGCUCGGAGAUUCUUGUGGAAUUGUGCCCUAAGCAUUGUUAAAGAGGGGAGAUCCGUGGUCCUUACAUCUCAUAGUAUGGAAGAAUGUGAAGCUCUGUGCACAAGGAUGGCCAUUAUGGUCAAUGGGAGGUUCAGGUGCCUUGGCAGUGUCCAACAUCUGAAAAACAGGUUUGGAGAUGGUUACACAAUAGUUGUACGAAUAGCAGGGUCCAACCCUGACCUGAAGCCUGUCCAGGAGUUCUUUGGACUCGCCUUUCCAGGAAGUGUCCUAAAAGAGAAACACCGAAACAUGCUACAGUACCAGCUUCCAUCCUCCUUGUCGUCUCUGGCCAGGAUAUUCAGCAUCCUCUCCCAGAGCAAAAAACGACUCCACAUAGAAGACUACUCUGUCUCCCAGACAACACUUGACCAAGUAUUUGUGAACUUUGCCAAGGACCAAAGUGAUGAUGACCACUUAAAGGACCUGUCAUUACACAAAAAUCAGACAGUUGUGGAUGUGGCUGUUCUAACAUCUUUUUUGCAAGAUGAGAAAGUGAAAGAAAGUUAUGUAUGAGGAGUCCUGCUCAUACAGGGUGAAUGAAAGGAAGGGAGAGCUAGAUCUUCCUCCGCACUGUGUCGAGUGUUCCAGAAGAAAGAGUCCUGCGUUUCUGUGGAGAAAAACCAACUGGAUACUGUACUGACACUAUUCAAUGCAAUGCAAUUCAAUGCAACGAGAACUCACAAUUCCAUUACAGGGGCAGUGCCUUUGUAGCCUAUGUCUUGUAUGGCUCUCUAGAGAAAAUGACUUGAAGUUAGUUCAUUACCUUAUACAGAUGUGAAACUCUGGUAUGGAACCAAGCGAACUAUGGGUUUGGAUUCAUACUCUUUUGUUCCUGUGUAUUCUCACUGGGAUUGCAACAACAAUCCAUCAAAUAGUCAUGGUCAGUUGUAAUCAAAGUCAAAGGCACCCAUUAAGCCAUGCUUAACCACAAAAAAUGGUUUCCUGGUGACACAUCCAUUGCUGGCAAUGAAUGUGCCAGAAUUACUAGUGCCAAGUUGCUUAGGUCUGAAGCACUGAGGUGUGUCACACACACUUUUGUGAAAGCUCCCCCUUGCUGUCUGUCAACAUCAUUAAAUAUCAGGUGACAAAAUGGUGCCAUGUGUGACUAAAGCCCUGCUUUGGUUCUUUCUUUGAUGAGCUGCUGUUGUGGCUGUUACAUGCAAAAUGUGGAUCUCUCUAACUACAGGAGACUUGGUUCUGUUGUUCGGUCUUGCCGGUGCCUGGAGUCAUGGGGCACCAGGUCAUCUUUCUGAGAAGGUUUCAGACAUAUUAGAUCAGCGAUAUUAGAAACAGAUCAGCACCCAACUGCUGGGGCUGCAGGCUGCCAAGUUCAGGGUGUAGCAUGAAAGAGCUGGUGCAUUUACACGUGGGAGGUCUGGGUCUGUUCGUCCUGACUGUCUGUUAACACAACACGGUACGCUGCAUCUCAAGAUCCUUUAUUAUUUGACACAAAUGUAGUAUUAUUGCUAGUAUAAUUUCUAACUGUUUUAAUUAACCUAGAAAAUGAAAAGGUGGAAUUUUGACAAAAAUCUUUGCACUAUUAAUAUUAUUUGGACUCUUAAGUUUUACCAGUGGCUUCUGGAACCUUGAACCAUAUGUAUAGAUGUUGGUGGCAUAGAGGAACAUGGCCACACUGCCUCAUACCUUAUUUUCCUUGGUAAAUUUGCAGAUGGAAUGUAUAACUAGUGCCUGGUGACCAGAAACCAACAUGGUAGUCAACAUCUCAUGCCACAUUUUAAGAUCCUGGAGAAUACUAUUCAUUUUGGUUUGUUGAUUAAGUAUUUUUGGAGUGUAGUCAAUGUGUAGAUAUGUGGAUAGGAGUGAGGGAUGUGACUAGCAGAUUUUCUGUGCCAUGUAUUCACCUGACUGAUUUACAGAUAUAGGUGGUAUUGUUGAAUCCACUGAAAGAAUAUGGCCACUCCCUUGCCCACUUGAUACAAAAACUAAGAAGGGUGAGUUAACAACAAACUCUUUUAAGGAGAAAACACCUAGCUUGAAAUUUCUUGGAUACCACUUGUGCUUGUGACCUUUGGGACCUUCAAACUAAUUGGCUUUGCAGGAUCCUAGACACCCACUUAAACCUCUGACAAUCUCAAAUAUUUCAUCUCUUCAAUCUAACCAAUCAUAAAAAUCAAUGAACUAUUCCACAUGGAAUAUUUUUCAGACUUUUCUAACCCAAGUUUUAAUGUUUUCAUUGGCAAGCUAUGUAAAACAUAUUAUUUCCCUAAUGCUCAAUGUCAUGUGUCUCCAUACAAAACAAAAAUUUGAGUGAAUUCCUGCAUGGCAGAGUUCAAGUGAGCUUUCACGGUCACCCAUUUCUUCAACUUAUUCUAAAAUUUAAACAAUACAUUUGGAAGUGUAAGAGUUCAGAUCUAUUUCAAAUUUGAUAAGUUUAUAGACUAUUGUUAUGUAACUCAUUGCUUGAAAAGAAAAAUGACUAUUUUGAUACUAAUGUCAACAUAGCUUUCUAAAAUGACAAUGAAAAUAUUUCCAGUAAUUAUUGGCAUACCCCUGUAUUUAUGUAUCAAAGAUAAAAAAUUCAAAGAAAAAAAUCUUUGUUUUUCAAAAUCAACCUUUUAUUGGCUUUCUCAGUCCACUAUUAUCAUAUGCUAACUUUUCAUUACACUACAGCCCUGAGCAAAUCAUUGUUUUAAUAACUCUGCUUUUGAGGCCAUAGUAAAAACAAAUAACAACAAAAAGCAUAAAGCACUGUGAACCAUUUUGAAAAAAAACCUAAUUCAUUGUAGAUUUAAAAUCUUUUCUAAAGCUAGAAACAAUCUGUAGGUAUUGUUUACCUUUUACACUAUCUAAACAGCAAUCUUUAAUUUCCUUGUGUAAAUGUAAUUAUUUUAGAGAUUUUUAAAAUCCUAUCUUCAAAUAAAAUUUCCUUGUAUUCCCUAUGGUGAUGUACCAUAUGAGUUUAGAAAUUCUCAAGCACAUACACUUCUGAUUUACUUUUUUUUUUCUUUUUAAUCUUGGAAAACUUACUAACUGUGAAUAUGAGAAAGACAAAAGAAAGUGAGUCCUCUCUCUCUACAUCCCCAGCGCAAUUCAUUAUGAAACCAACAAACCUCAAACUACUGUAUUGAGACGUCUGUACUGAAAGCAUAAGCCUCAUGCCUACUAAAUGUUACACAUCAUUUGCUCUCUGUAUAGUAGUCAUUGACCUAAAGGGAUUGUCUGCUGUCUUCUCACGGUUGUAUAGAUCAGGUAAAAUUGUUCCAAAGAGCCAUGUGUUGUGUACUGGGGAACCACUUUGAUACUGAAAUACUAAUUUGUACUCUUGUUACUAUUUACUGGUAGUAGUGUAAUACCAUGGUAAUACUGUUCUGAUUCAAAAUGGUUGCAUCCCUUUUUAUAGAGCAUUUCUAUUUCCAUAUGGAUUCGGUAUGGUCUUUUCCCUUGGGCCCUAGGAUGAAGCUGUUUUUGUGCUUUUUCUUUGUCAUUGGCCCUUAUUCCAAGCACUUUAUGCUGUCUGUAAUGGAUCUAUUUUUGCACUGGAGUAUCUGAGAAUUGCAAAACUAGACAAAAGUUUCAGAGCAGAUUUCUAAGUUAAAUCAUUUUCAUUAAAAGAAAAAAAACUGAAAAAAAUUGUAUUGUCAAUAACUUUAUAUGAAGUGUUUUUAAAAGCCUGUUUCUAUGUUAUGAGUCACAAAAUAAAGCUGUGACAGUCCUGCUGGUCUACACAAA